CUCAACGUCUCCCAAACAAUAACAAACUUUAUUCUGCUUUAUUGCCUGGAUUUUUCUGGUGCUGUGGGGGUUUUGUCACAUGCCAUGUGAUAACCGCCUACUGAAAUUCCAUAAUUAUAGAGAUUUUAUAGAACUUGAAGGAGGGAAACGGAGAGUUCUUUAUUUACAUCGGUUAUAGUAUGUAAAUCAUUUUAAGUUGAAGCACCUUUGCAUGUUUAUUUGUGCAUAAGGGAAUUGUUUGGGGAGAUCAUGUCAGGCUCGAUCCUGGGGACGUGUUCGUUGAUGUGCCCUGAUGAGGAGCGACGGUUUCGGGAAAAGGAAGGAUUACUACAUUCAUUCGAAAUUGAUGCGUCCCAGAAUAAUCUGAAGAGACCUAAGGCUGACCCUGAGAAGAUUAUAAAAUGUUACAGUAGAUCAGGCCCUGGAAAGUUUAUGAUACAUGACUUGAACCAGUUGAGGCCGGGGCCAGUUCUACUCUCCACCGUUAAAUACUUAUUCACGGAAAUUGCCACUCGUUCAGAUGUUGAUUGGACAGUCAUAUACGAUUUCAUAUUCGAUCGCCUGAGGGCAGUCAGGCAGGAUCUGACUGUCCAGAGGCUGGAUGUCGUCAUAACUGUCAAAAUUCUGGAACCAAUAGUCAGGUUUCAUGUUUAUGCUGCUCAAAGAUUGUGUGAUAGAAGUCUUGAGGAAUUCGUCCCUAAAUUCAACAAUCAGCAUUUAUUAGAAUGCAUCAAGGAACUCCUUGUUAGUUACGAUGAACGAGACUAUGAGCCAAAGAAUUUUUUUUGUAGCAACAGAGCGCAGAUCGAAACGCUGUAUGUCCUGCUGUAUCUGGGGGAGUGUGCAGCAAUCGAGAGAGCAUUGAGUCUUCCAUUAGAAUAUAGGAAUUCCCCCACUAUGCAAAUGGCGUUGAAGAUAUCUCUCGCCUGGUACCUAAGGAAUUACGUGCAAGUAUGUCGUACUAUGGUUAAACUACCUCCUCUAUUAGCAAUGGCAGCAAUGUCGAAUUUACCACGGAUAAGACGUGAUACUCUCCAAGUAAUGAGUUCUGCAUAUAACAGUGCUCAAUUGUGUUACCCUGGAGACGAUCUCAGGAAAAUUUUACUAUUCAAGAGUAAGGAACAAUUGCAUAAAGAGUGCAGGCAUUUUGGAUUGGACGUCAUCGAUGGGAACAUUCGUUUCCAAAAAUGCAAAUUUAAGGUGCAUGAGAAAGAGAGAAAUCCCCAGAAAGUAUUUUCCGAUGAAAUGCUGCACUUAUUUCUACCCAAAAUCAUUCUCAACUAGAUCGAGAGCAUGAGAUCAGAGGGACGAGGGGAAUAUUAAAUAAAAAACAGAUCCUACUUUACACCAGUUGAAUGAGAUUGAUCUUUAUUGGGAGUCACUGGAUGAACUGCUGGAGGAAUCAGUCGACAUGACUUCAACAUCCUCAUUUUCUUGCUUAUGGGUGUUCAUGGCGACACUUCCUUGUCCACCCAUUGACAUGUGAAUCUCACCGGACGGAUGCCAUGCAAAUUGAUUCGCUGACGAUGCUGGUGGCUCUGAAAAUAUUUUUGAAAUAAAAAUUAGUCUUGAUGAAAAAAACUCAGUAGCGAAACGGUAAAAAGAUUUAAGUUGAUUUAGUUCUUAGCUGAGUUUUCGAAGAAUAUCUUCAAAUCUGAGGAAGAUGGAUAAAUUUUUCUAAUAACAUUUUUUGUAGAUCUUAAUCCGCUCUGCAAAAAAGGCUGUAACAAAAAUUAUGCUAUCUGCCUUAGAUCCCGAGAUAUUCACUGAAAACUGACCAAUAGUCAAAAUUCACUUGAACCAUUUUACCACUUCGCUACUGAAAUUUAAGAAUUAAAAUUAUUCUUAAUGCCAUUUGAAUAUAUUAUUGUUUUCUGUGGACAACGAAACAUUCAUGAAAUAAUUUCAUAGAAGUUAUUUCAAGGCAAUGAUUUUUCAAGACAAUUUCGAAAAGAUUUCGAAGGUUUUUUCUCCAAAUUAUGCGAAUUAUUCAGGGAUUUUGUUUGUAAGACUGUUGUGCAAACAAAUUUAUAAAUUUUUCAUUAAAAAAUUCUCAAGUAAA